GUCCCUUGGUCGAGCGUAGAUCAAUGGAGACUGAGCACUGGCAUUGGGAUAACAAUCGGCUGUCACUCGCAUCCCCCUAUGGCCCAAUGGAUUCAGCCCCAACAGACGAAAGACAAAACAGAAGGAAAUUCCUCCCUUUCCUCCUCUGGAUCCACAUCAUUCGUCCACGUCUCUGUUUCGCGCACAUCCACGUUCACGAUCACGUUCCUGACGCAGUUUCGUUAUUCCGCACCCUAACCUCUUUCUUUGGUCAUCUGCCGGUGAAAGGGAACGAACUCGGUGCUGUCGAUGAUAAGGAUACUAAUGAAAACGCCAGCAGAAACAGCACAAUUCCGUUUACGAUGUCUCCCGAUAGAAAAUCCGAGGAGGGCGUUGAAGUCGAUUCCGCAGGGGAAAAAAAUCCUAAAAAUACGAACGGAGAGGCGUCUCGAACAUCUUGUCCCGAAAAUGUAGAAGAGGCAUUAUUUCUUCCUCUGUUCUGGCAGGAAGGUCGCGUGUCUUAGGGUAGAGUACUCUCUUCUCGUGUUCUCGGAUA